AUGAAAUUUCAAGAUGUAAAAAAAUGUCAAGAAUAUAUUGAAAAACAAUCAGAAAAAGCUCGACUCAUAGUGUUUGUUAGUGGUCGGUUAGGAGAAGCAAUAAUUCCUUCUAUUCAUGAACUUCGACAAGUUAUAUCAAUUUAUGUGUACUGCAUGGAUAAAAACCGUCAUGAACAAUGGGCUCGCAACUUUGCAAAAGUAAAAGCAAUUGUUGUUGAACUUGAUGAGCUUAUCUCGCGAAUUGAAACUGAUCACAGAAUGCAGGAAAUCGUAGAAGAGCCAUUGUCAAUUAAUAUUUUUACUACAAGUGUUAAUGCAGAUACAUCAGCAAUGGGCAAAUCAAUAAUGGAUGUAAAUGGUCAGUUUGUUUUCUCUCAAGUUUUGGUUGAUUGUCUUCAGCGGCUAGAAUCCAAUAAGACAGAUAAAGAAGAGCUUAUUCAUCUUUGUAAACAGGAAUAUAAAGAGAGCGAUGUUGAAUUGAGCUAUAUUGAUGAAUUUGAAAAUAGUUAUUCAUCUGACCAAGUCUUGUGGUGGUACACAAGACAGUCAUUCUUCUACAAAACUCUCAAUGCUGCUCUACGGAAGCAAGAUAUUCAUUCAAUUUUUUUAUUUCGUGCAAUUAUUUCGGAUAUGCAUCAUCAAUUGAAAAAUAAUCAAGCUAAAGAUCCUCUACGAGUUUAUCGAGGCCAGAUGAUGUCAAGUGAUGAAUUGAAAACUUUG